UGCUUUUGGCAACUGUCACUGUAAUUUUGUAAUUAUUGAAAAUCCGAAAAUCCAUAAAAUUAUUAAUACAACAAAUAGAAAAUUAGCCAGAUGUAUAAAUUUCUCGUCCAAAAUGUCAAUAUACACCUUAGGCCCUGACAUAGAAGUAGCUGGGGCAAAACAUAACAAUAAAACCUUGGAUUUGAGAAUAGGAUGCCUGUGUUCACAGCAAAUAUACCAGGGAUCCUCAAAAUUGGGGACAGAAUCGAAAUUGGCGGCAAAAUCAAGGAGAAUGCAAGGAAAAUGUCGGUGAACCUUUGCGCGCAGGAGGGGGAGGAGCCCCGGGACGUGGUCCUCCAUUUCGACGUGCGCUUCCAUCGGGACAACAUCAUCUCUCUGUCCAGAAAAAACGGCAUAUGGAUCGGCAGCGGCAACUACGACACCAACUACAAUAUGUUUGUGCCCGGCACAGUGUUCCGUAUAAUAUUCGAGAUUAAGGACACGGACGUGAUCACUAUUUACUGUCAGGGCAAGUUUCACUCCAACUUCCUGCCCAAGAUACCUCUGAGCAUGGCGCGGUACAUCGUGGCCUGGGCUGAUGUCGAAAAGGUCACACACUGCUUUUUCCAUUUGAGCAAUAAGGCUCAAAGUGGAGAUGAACUUAAUCAACCAGGAGUGUGCCCUCAUCUACCCCGGGCCAGCAUGCUAUCUGGUGAUAUUAAAAGCCCAAGACCUCACAGGAAAUCAGCACCGGGCUCCCCAAAACUGGAAUCCUCAAACGAAAGUUCCGAUGAUGAAGCAAAGUUGAAACCCAAAUCUGAAGGGCGCGCUGAUAGAUACUUCUACGAUACCCUGAUGUGCCAGCAACCGGACCAUGCCAAAUUCUCACCAGAAAUGAAGUAUAGAAGAGAACAGAGCAGAGGCAGAUCAAAAAUGGACUAUGCAAGAAAAUAUAGAGAUGUUUCCGAUUCAGACAAAAACGAUAGCGAAGAUUAUUCAGAAGAGGCAGCUUCCAAGAAUAUGAACUCUUCAGCAGCUGAAUCUGAUGAUGUUUUACACGAGCUUGGAAUGAAGAAACGCAUGAGGAGGGGUAGGUUGGCAACUCCCUUUGCCCAAGUAGUAAAUUUUAUGGGGAAAACGACGAAGAGAAAUUAGUUUUGUGCUAUAGAGGCAGACUGUUUUAUGAUUGGUAAUACUAAUUUUUAUUUUAUUUGACUUUUUAGAUUUUUGUUUAUUGUGUUUUGGAUAUUUUUUUACAGUCAAAUGUUGUACUUUUGUUAUUAAAUAUAGGCCUGAUUUAAAUGAAAAUGUGUUAUUUUGUGAAGCUUAAGUAGUUUAGGACCUAUAAUUCAUCCCUAAGGAAUUCCACUAGUACUAGUUUUUAUUGUAUUAAACUGAC